AUGACCUCACCAGCCGCAACGCCGGCCGAAGAAAAACAACGUCCCUUGUCCGAGUCCAUCGCCGCCGCGACCCGAUCUGUUCAUGCAAAACUUAACAAGAUAAUCAUUACCCGCCUGCCCUUGGCCAUCCCGCCUCGUGCGGCAGAUCCCUCCCUCUACGUUUCUGGCCUUCUUCACAUCACGCCCAUCUACGACACUUUUGAGUCACUAUGGAAGACUAUCGCAGAAUCGCCUCAACUUUCUACCUUUGGCGAGGCCCAUGAUGACUGCAACCUAAACUUAGCUGACCUUACAUCGGCCGCUCAUAUCGAAUCUAACUCACAACACCAACCUGCUCUUUGCGAGCGAACACGGUCGAUAUUGACGUCGCUGUAUCUACCUGCGCUCAUGCGCUCUGAUCGGCUGCGAGCCGACAUUGGUUCCAUCACCGGAUGGGCUCCUGAUGUUGUCAACAAGCAACUGGCCGCGGUCUCACAAUCAGGACGACUUGCCGAGUUCACAAGGCACAUGAAGCGCACCAUUGAGAAGAAGCCCCACGUCCUAAUGGCAUACUCGUACAUCUUGUUUAUGGCCCUAUUUGCUGGUGGGCGUUUCAUCAGAGCAACUCUCGAGUCUGCGGGUACAGAAUUCUGGGAGCAAAUACCGUCGCCGAUUCCACCCUCGCAGAUACCCUGUCAAGUACGCGCACCACCAUCGGGCACGGCGACUCCCACGGCAGCGCCGGUUGACCUGUCGCGGGGUGACGACCGUGGGAAGGCCGAAGUCGGCGCAAAACACAUGCGCCACUCUCUACCACUGAGUUUUUUUCACUUUGCGACGGCGCUGGACGGCGAGGACCUCAAAAAAGAGUUUAAGAAACGGCUGGCGGAAUCCGAGCACCACCUGUCACCGCGCCAGAGACGUGACAUUAUCCAGGAGGCCGUCUGCAUCUUCGACAACAUGCUCCUCCUCGUUGGGCAGCUGGACAAUGUGUGCGACACGGACUUGGAGCACGGAGCUUCCAUCUUGGAAUCAUGGGCAUCAUUGGCACCCGGCGGCCGUCUGCGCGACAGCGUCGCGGUUGCUCGAGACAGGAAGAGGGAGAAGACGACCUCAGUCGCAAAGGGUUCUGAGGACAGCGAGAAAUCUGAUUCGUGGCUCUCCAGGCAUACGAGGCAAAAGGCAUGUGAGACUCCGGAGUCGCAUGCUUUGAGCGACUUGGAGAAACAGCCACCCGCUUGCUGCCCGGCUUCCAAGUCUAUGAGAUUCGAGCCGAAGCUCGCGGUACCACACAGAAAGGACAAGGGCCAGACGUUCUCGGCCGACGGCGCGGCUAACGCAGCGUCAUCUGCAGGAGGUUUGACGUAUAGUCAGUGGCAGAUGCCACGUUCUGCCACCUCCUUGAUAUCUAACAUUAUCAUCGUGGCGGGCUUAGCUGCGAUUGUCAGCAUGUUCUUCUUAGCAAGGAAAACGAUGAAGGAAGGGGUCAUCGCAGAAGAGGAAUAG